AUGGUAUUUAAAAAAGCUUCAAUUAACAAGAAACGUUCACACUCUGAACCAUCAUCCAAUCCUUCUGCCAGUGAAACAUCAUUCACACAACAUACAUUAGUAAAAUGCACAUCAUCCCAAGAAAUAAGACCUGGAAGAUCACUUGAAAUCGAUAUAACAAUUAGUUUUGAAAAACGAUGCGUUAAAGGAGCUAUUUCUGAUAUUCAUAUUGAAAGUUUAGUAGAAAGUUUUCAAGAAAUUAUUCAAUGGUCAGUAGAUAUAGACCAUGAUAUUGGAAUUAUAUCAAGUAGAACUUAUGUUACAAUAUCUCCUCUUAUUCAUCAACAAUCAUUUCAAAAUUCUGAUAAAUAUGAAACACAAGAAAAAAGUCAUUCAACACAAGAAGAUACUAUAAAAGAUGUAGUCAGUAAACCUGAUUCUAAGAAUCAAGUUGGUUCAAUACAAAAUUUACCAGAAGCAGAACAACAAGAGCAACUGGAAUUCGAACAAAACAUUUCUGUCUCAGUUGAGGAUGAAUAUAGAAUAAUGUCUAGUGAAGUGGUGGGGAGAAAUGAUUCAAAAGAAGAUAGUGCAGUUGAAUCAACCAACCUGGUGCAGUUAUCUGAUAUCAAAUCACCUCUUGUAUCAGGGGUUUCUGAAUUAACAGAAGUAAUCAAUAUGGAAAGUAAAGUUGAUGACAAAGAUUUCACUGCCAUGGGUCUACAAACAGUCAACAAGAAUGAAGUGUGCGAAGAUUUGAAGUUGAACAGUGAGACUCACGAGGACUAUGAUGAUGAUCAACAACAACAACAACAACAACAACGAAAGGAACAGUCUCAACAAAUUUUAAGUACCAGUGAGUCUGCUGAAAAUUUAGAACAUGAAAGUGUUGUGAAUAAUGAGAUCCAAGCAACUUAUACUCCUCAGUCUGUUAGCAGUGACUUGAAGGGUGGUGGUACAAAUAAAACUGUUGACGAAGCAAUCAAUGAUUACAGCAGUAGUAAGGAAAAAUCUCAACUUUCAAGACAAGAAACGUCAGUAUCACAUCAAAAACUUGAUGGAGAGAAUGAAAUACUCAAUGAGGCUGGUACAGUUGCACCGAAUGAAAUCAAAGAUAAAGCAGCAGAGUUUAUUAGUAACAAGGACACACAAGAAAGUUCGCCUUCACAUGUACCUAAGACAUUUGAAGUAAAUGACAGUGUAAAACCUAUACAAUCACCACAACAAAUUCAGGUCAGUGAUCAAAAUAGUGAAUAUAAGCUGAAAUCUGACAAUGAUUUACAGCUCCAUUCAUCAACUCACACAACACCCUAUGCACAACCUUACUUUGAAAAUAAAACUGAAGCCUUCAACCAGUUUGUUGAAGCACAAGAAGAAUCAGUGGCAGUUUAUUCUGGGUCGAUUGUAUUUCAUUCAACCUCUGUUAUCUCUUUCACCAUCACUGAUCGAAAGCCAGGAGAUGUGGACAUGAAAUUUACGGAAAGCAGUAAAGAAUGGAAUAUUUUAGCUGUUGAUUCAAUACAGUCAGUGGUGUUAGACAGUUGUCAAAUAAAUAGUCAGAUACCAAUAAAACCAAUUACUCAUAGUGACAGCUAUGCGGAGAUUUCACCUAAAUUACCCAACAAUCAACUACAAACAGUGACAACACCUGAAACUUGUCCACCAACUGAUGAUGAUGUUGCACAAAUCGAUGAUACAGAAGACAGAUGUUUAAAACAUAAGGAACAACCUUCUACACAUGAAGAUGUUAUUCAACAACAGUAUAAAGAUAAUGAAGAGGAAAUUCAUACAAAAGAAGAUGUUUUGAAUGAGAAACUUUCCUUUAGAGAACCAACUGCUACACCAGUGAAGAAUGCUGAGUUUGAAACAGAAAUAUCAGAACCACAUGAAAAAAUAGUUUAUGGAGCAGGUAUGUCUGAAAAAGAUGAAAGUGACAGGGAAUUAGGCGAAAAAACAGAUAAGGAUAAUACACAUAAAGAAGAAUUUACAUCAAAACAAGAAUAUACUAUAAUUAAUAAAGAUGAAUCAAGUCGUCAUGAUCAGCCUCAUCUGGUUAUCGAACAAAAGUGUUCAAGCCUCAUCAGCAUUUCUCUUGAUCUACCCAAAAAAGCGAUGUUACCUACAAUCAUUUCCACUGAUUCAUUCGCAGUACCUGAUAUCACUCAGGCACCUCCAACAUUUGCCGAACAGCGUACACAUCAGAAUAUAGAAACAGAUAGUACUCAUUUGGCUGAAAGUGAAAAGUCAAGUAAUUUACGUUGUAAUCUAACAACUGAUCAAUUACCUGAAAACCAAGAGGUAUCUUAUUUGCCAGUAGGCAGUGAACUAGAAAUUUCCAAAUUUACUCAACUCAGUAUCCAUGGGCAAACAACAAAGGCAACUGAACCUAUCGAUGUUGAAACGAUUGUGUCUAAAAAUGAGUUACAACCAAUCAUUGAACAGAAUGUAGUCUCUUCAAGCAAUAAAUUAAAUCAGUCAGAGAUCCCUAUGGUUGCAGAGCAAACGGAUACAAGUAAACAGUUAGAGUCUAUGGAAUCGGAAGAUAAGGCAGAAGAUAUUGAAAUGCAGAAAGCAGACCAAGUUGAUUUGAAGAAUGAGGAGAACAAUCUAUUGAAAAUACCCACCAGCAAUAAGUCUAGUUGCAAUCAGCCCUCGGCGCUUGUCAUUGCCACUACAUGUUAUAAAGAAGUAGAUUCGACUGACGUUCGUUCUGAAAGACCGAUUAAAAAAAUCCAGUUGUUUACAGUUCAAAGCCAUGUGGAAACCUCUGAAAGUACACAACAUUUCCAAAAUAUAUCAACCUUUAAGUAUUCAGAAUCCAGACAGUCAGUAGAUAUGGAUAAAGCUGAAGGAAAAAGGAACGAUGAAAAAUGUGAUGAUGAUGGCGUUGAUGUAUCAGUCGAUGAAGAUUAUGAAUUGCCAAACAAGGAGGUAAAUAUUGAACCUUUAAGUUCACAGUUUACACCAGUUAACAUGCCAAUCCAACAGAUGGAAGCAGUGGAUUUAAUGAAAAUUACAGGUGAUUCACACGAAACUGAGUUGCAGAAGUCGAUUGUCCCCUCUGAAAGUGAUAUACUUGAAACUACUGUUCAACUAGAAAUUUCAGUAUCUAUAGGAAAAACAGAUAAGACGAAUAGCAUAGAGUCGGUUUUUUCAACCGAAAAAAUUAUGUGCAACGAACAAAAACGCUUAACACCUGUAUCACUGAAAAGCCAAGAGCAAGAGCCAACCUGUAAGCCUACCAGCAUAAUACCUACAGAAACACAGUUAAAACCACCCAAAACUUUAUCUGGAGAGUUUCAGGUAGUCACUGUACCAAAUGUCGACACCUAUUCACUGAAGCAAGAAUCCAAAUCCUCUUUUGUUUCACAAAAUUCACAAGUAAGCUUGGACAAAUACAAAUUCACCACGAUGAGUACUGUAGAACAAGUUGUUUCUAAAGAGCAGGCAGAAACUUUAGCUACACUAAAAGGUACAGAAAGCACAAAAUCCUCAGAACUUAAUCCUAUCAGGACAACAGUGAAAGAGAAUGUUUCUGACAGUGGAGUGAAAAGCCAUCAUCCAACGCCAUACGACACUGCUUUCAAAGAUACACAGUCAGAAGAUUCCAUGAAAACUGCCUCCAGUUCACUUCAAAAAGAAUUAAAUGAAAGUGUUGAACAAAAGAAAUCUGUUGUUCACACCAGCUCAAAUCAAACAGAUGACAAAUCCUUAGUAUUAAAUUCAAAAAAUACAGACAGCAAUCAGGAUUCAAAUCUUCCCAUAUUUUCUGAUCAUGAAGGUCUGUUGACUGUUACUGCUGCUGAUAAAAUAUCAGAGAAAGCCAAAUUUGCUGAUACAUCUAUGAAAGUCGAUAAAGAUGACGAAGAGAAUAAGCUUCCAGAAAAUGUCAGUCAGCAUGGGACAGCAUCUAUUCUAUCAGCUGAAAUGAUUAAAUCAAGCCUUAUAACUACUGCAUCUCUUUUUUCAGUGAAAUGGAAUACUAGGACUGAUCCUCAAAUACUGACAGAUAAUAAUCAGCUUAUAACAAAAUUAUCCGUCCAGUUUUCAGAUGAAAAUAAACUAGUAGACUCUAUUCAAGUGGAUGAAAGUACCAAACCUGAAAUGACAACCAACCCAGCAGAAUCAUCUUUAAACAUAUUAUAUGAUGAUAAGUCUGAAAUACAUCAAAGUUUAUCGCUUGAUGUUUCUACGAAACAAGAUUCACAAUCACUGAGUAAAAAUUUACAGGAUGGUUCCACUGAAAAAGUACGUAUGAAUAAAAAAGACCCAUCAAAAUUUGUUCACCAAAAAGUUUUGGGUAACUCCUCUCUUGUGUUUCACACGGAUCAACAUGAAACUAAAGCUUUCCCAUUGGAGGCAAAUGAAGUUUCCACAUCAUCUCGUAGUAGAAAUCAGGCUGAUUAUUCUUCACCCUGGUUGAAAAACAUUCCUGACAAUAACAAGCCUUCACCUUCUCCACCUAAUUCACAAAUACAAAGCACAUUUCCUGAAAUAUGUAAAAGCAGCAACCUAAAGGCAUGUUGUUAUUGUUGUCAACCAUCAAGAGUUCAUUUGGUUUGUCACUGCUACUGCAGUCAACAUCAUAUCAGUUCAGCAUUUCCCAAUUAUUGUCAAACCAAUACGCGUGCUAAAUCAAUUUCAUGUUCAAAUUUCCUUCACUGCAACUGUCAAAUGACACCAUGUACUUGUGAUUAUACUACUACUGUUAAUGAUGACAAUCAGUAUAUUGAACCAGUGACCUGUUCAUUGAAACUUCAGCUUGUUAAACCAAAUAGCCAAGAAUGUCAAACUAUAACUUAUGAAAAUCCUACAGAUUCAAAUUUAAAAAUGCAGUGCUUAUCAAAAUCAAAUCCAACAAUAUGUAGAUGUGUCUCACCACGGACUGUUUAUUGCUGUUGUUCACAAAUAUCUAAUUCUACUAUUUCUAUUUAUUGUAAUAGAAAUCCACAUCAUAGGAAUACUACACCUUAUCUUAGUGCAUCAAUAUCUCAAAUAAUACCUGGUCAUCAAUGUUGCUGUAAUAGGCGUAUUCCAAAGAAACACGAAUGUGCUUCACAUGUACACGGUCAUUUAAAACAACCGCCUAACAAUUUCUACUGGUCAUAA